GCGUGGGCAGAGUUCAUCCCACCACAACGUAAGGAAAGAGCAAGAUGAGACGAAGAAGAGCUAGGUAUGAUGUGACAUCUACUGCAUGGAGGCGGUUUCUCCAGCCGUUUCUGCCGUGUCCCAUCUGGCACCGCAUGAAGUCAGCUGCGAAGCCGUGGAGUACCAGCUGGUGAUCCCUACACGUGGCCGAUGGCGUUCAGCUUCAAAGAUAAGCAACGAGCGCGCAUUGAAGAGAGAGACGCGGCCAUUUAUUUUGGUCAAGACACUUGCUCUGUUGAAGCGGCAGAGGAUACCGGCACAUCGGGUGAUCUUGUACGUUUCAGAUGAGGAAGAACGUCAGAGAUAUAAGGAGGCGUUGCGCUUGGACGUUUUUGCGCGCGAAAUUGCUUUGAAAGUUGGUGUGCCUGGCAUAUUGGAACAACGGAACCACAUCACUCGGUGCAUGGAGGAAGGCGCCUAUGUGGUGAGUUUGGACGACGAUCUCUCGGAGAUUUGUUGGCUUCCUCCAGGUGCUUCAUCUCUGAGUCCCCUGCCUGAUGGCUCUCUGGAAGCGUUGAUUUUCCAUGCCCAUCGCCUGAUGCGGCAGAACAGGGCCUACAUCUGGGGGUUGAACCCAUCAAUGAAUAUCCGCAAUCUUUGGUCCGACGGAGUCAGCUGCCGGAAUGGAGAGGUCAACGGCUUCUGCUAUGGUUUUUUGAAUCGCCACUCGGAGACGUUGCUGCCAUGUGUGUCAGAUGCCUUAGAGGAUGCCGAGCGAUCCCUUCGGUCACUUGGAGUUCGACCCGGCCGACCUGACUGACCGCGUGUUGAAGCGAAUAUCAGUGAGCGAAGAAAAUGCCCUGGUUGAUUGGUUACAAAAAAGAGUGAUACUACAAUGUGAGGCCCCGG